AUGUCUUCAUCAGAUAUAUUGGAUGUGUUAAACAUCCAGUCUUCUCAUGUGCAGAAGAAAAGACCUGGUGAUGCCAAACCAGCAGGCCCCAAGAAGAAGAAACAAGGUACCAUGAACAGAGAGCUGUACAACUUGAUAGGCCAGAACGCCCCACCAAUAGCCAUGGAAAAGACAUCAAAGUUCAAAAGCAGGCUGAAUUCGAGUGUUAAGACCACGCCUUGGUCUUACACAUCAUUUGUUAAUGAGGCAAGACAAGACGGGCUGGAGCUCCAUCACUGGAUCAAAGGUUCAUCGGACCUAGCCAAGGACAAAGAGUAUCCGUUCGCCAAAUUUAAUUCCAAGAUCAACAUUCCUGAGCUGACUGAGGAUAACUACAAAGAGUCUUUAGGGUCCGAAGAUUGGUCGUUUGAAGAGACCAAGCAUUUGUUUGAGCUGGCAAAUGACUUUGACAUAAACUGGUUUGUGAUUUACGAUAGGUACGAUUUUGAUGGAGCAGAGAGAUCUUUGGAGGAUCUCAAGGAGAGAUUCUAUGAUGCGUGCGAGAAGCUUUUGACAAAGAAAUAUGAGUCUUCGUAUACUGAUGAGAAGACUCAGACCUUGAUCGAUAACUUGAAGUCGUUCGACAAGAGCAAGGAACUCGAGAGAAAGGAGUAUCUUUCCAGAUUAUUGCAAAGGAAUCCAACAGAGAUUGCCGAGGAACAAUCGCUGGUUAUUGAGGCUAGGAAAUUUGAGCUUUCGGCCAAGAAAAUGCUUCAGGAAAGGGCAGGUCUGCUUCAGCUACUAGACUCCGCACAGUCCACAGGGUCCGUUUCGCAAUAUUUGACCUCGCAAGGUCUAACACAAUUGUACAACAAUCUCAUGCUUGCUGACAAGGGCAAGAAACGCAAGGUGGAGGUUCCUGUUCCUCCCCAAAUUGAUAGCUCUCUGAUUCGUGGGUCUGACAAACAUAAGAAGAUCACCGCUGCUUCCAUUGCUCCUGAGUCGGCAAAGAAACCAGAACCUCUGACGCAUGCUUCUGAGAUGCUAGCUAAACGUCUUUCUGCCGAGGAACGUGAGAUCUACGGUCUCACCAUCCACCAGGAUAAGAUAUCAGCAGGUGUGAACCUCAGAUCGAACAAGAUUAGCUCGUAUAAGCCUGCCGUGCAGGCCAAGAUCGCGAGUACUUUAAACGAACUGGGUAUCAGCACGAAACCAACCAUACCUACUGGGAAAGUGUGCGAAAAGUUCGAUGAGCUAUUACAUGCAAUCUCCAUUCUUUUGGAGACCAAGAGGCAGACUGAUAAGCUGGAAACGGAAAUAAGGCUGAUCCAGUCCCAGCGGGAGGACUAG